AAACAUCACCGAACGGUCUUUUCAGCAUGAAACUAGGACUCUUCAAUUCCGAUGAUGAAAAAAAGAUGUCCAAAGAUGGAGGAGCGUUCGGCAGUUUACGCAAAAAGCAAUCCAAGGAAAUGCCUGCCAUACCAAUCGCCAACUCGGCGAAUAGCUCAACCGGGACUUUGGAUAGGAGCAAGGGUGUAAUGACUGUGGAAGGCAUCCUUGCGGUAAGGCGCUCAAAACAUGGUUUGGGAUCAGAUCCGCCGCAAAACUUCAAAUAUAUUUGUAUUACAGAAAUGCAUCAGGGUAGAGGGUAUUGAGGAGCAAUCCCACAUAAUACAAGUAGCCGAUCUUCCCGACAUUGCAGCCAUAAAAAAUCGGAUCUUCAACAAGUUUGGAAUCAAGGAUUCGAAGGAGCGGGACGGAUAUGCGAUCUACGCGCCAGAUGCAGAUCUUACUGGGGAGGGUCCCUUGAAAGAUGAAGAACUGCUCCGGCUAUGCAAAUCCCGGGACGCAGCAGAUGCAGCGAUCAAAAAUCGGUUACGUCUUCGAUCCACGAGCUCUUACAAUGGGACGCUGAAGACUCUGAUGGAAACUCGUCUCACGGGCAGUGCGGGGUCGAGUGUGGCGAGUCGAAGCGGGAACGAGACCAUCGGCUCUCCGCAAAUCAAGGGCCGUCCAUCCGUCAGGCGGUUCUUCAGAGACUCGCAAAAAUCAACACCAAGUCCCGUCACAGCCUCACCCGUCGGCUCGAUCCGCCGUGGGCCCGAAGCAGUACUCCAACAACUCAGGGGUUCUCCCAUCGUCACAACGCCACCACCGCCAGAACCCGCCACGGGUCAACAACGAAGCAAGAAGCUCGCAGACUUCUUCGGGGAGCGCCCGCCAGACGAGCUUAUUGUCGAUCAACUUGAGCAGUUCUUCCCUGGGAUUGCCAAAAAGACCGUUACUUUGCCCGGUGGAUCACCGGCUAGCACCUCCGUGGCAGCUGCGUAUUCCCAACCUCCAUCCAUAACAACGGCAGCUGGGGCGCCGUUGAUUGUGCCGCCACGGCGAGAAGCUAGCAAAGAUACCUUGAAGCGUAGAGUGCAUGCAGCUAUGCUUAACAAGCGGAUAUCGAAAGUUGCACAUCGAGGGUCGGCUUACUACGCUCGGAGAGGCAGCGAUGUGCUCGGCAAAUAUCAGAGCGAGAAUCAAGGCCCACAUUCAAGUAUGCUGAGUGAGACGGCGGGCUCGCCUCAACGGAAGGACCCGGCGGUCAUUGAGGAGGAAGAUGAUUCCUACGAAUCGAGAUCAAAGCCAGAAUCGCGUGUGGCGAAUGGACCAGCACAGAUUCCGGCUGAUGAGGAGUUCGAUGAGAACCUCCUGGGCUCCACAUGGCAUGACGAAGUUCUGGACAGCUUAUCGUAUCUGAGACCGUCGGACGAAAACUACGGCACUCCCGAUGUUGAAACAGAUACAGACAAAGAAGAGACACCGGUGGGACGGAAUAAACCACUCCCAGGCUCGCCCGAAAGGCUUUAUCAGCUCUCCUCGCAAUCCUCCGCCUCACCAAGUACGCCACCACAGCUCGAAACGUCAAUAGCGAACAAGCGACGGUCGGCCACCAUCCGCUGCGAACUGGGCAAGCAAAUUGGGCAGGGCGCUUUCGGCAAAGUCUUCAUCGGUCUGAAUCUAGACACUGGGGAGCUGAUGGCUGUCAAACAAGUGGAGCGGGCCGUAUUCGAGGAAACGAGGAAGAAUAGCGGUGACGGUGGACAGCAGAAGCGGGAAGACGCAUUGCGGCGGGAGAUUGAUUUCUUGAAAGAGCUUGAACACGAGCAUAUUGUGCGGUAUCUCGGAAGUGAAGUCACAGAUGCGUCUUUCAAUGUGUUCCUGGAGUACAUUUCCGGUGGAAGUGUGGCUAGUUGCCUGAAUAAGUACGGCGCCUUUGAUGAGGAGCUGGUGCAGUGUAUGUCUGCGCAGAUCUUGUGUGGGCUGGAAUACCUGCAUGAGAAGAGCAUCAUACAUCGGGACAUCAAAGGAGCUAACAUCCUCGUCGACACCGACGGAGUAACGAAAAUCUCUGAUUUCGGCAUAUCGAAGAAGAAUGAAUACCGAGAAGCCUACCACCGCGUCACCCGCAUGUCAAUGCAAGGUUCUAUACCAUGGAUGGCCCCUGAAGUCGCCCGCCUCAAUAAAGCCAAAGGCUACAGCGCCAAGGUCGACAUUUGGUCUCUCGGAUGUCUGGUUCUCGAGAUGCUCACGAAUCAAACGCCAUGGCAUAAAGCGCGCGGCAACGUCAUUUAUCUCCUAGGGACGGGGAAUGCGCCGCCUUUACCUCCCUCGUUAUCGCCGGCUUCCAAGAGCUUCAUUGAGAAGUGCUUCAUCAUCGAUCCCGAAAAGCGACCCACGGCUACAGAUCUACUUUCCGAACCGUUCACGGACGUCGAGGACCCUCUAGGCUACGAUUUCCGGGGAUGGGUUGAACGAGCCUCUCUGCAAAAGCAGCAACGCGAACGAGACGGUGUGAAUACCAGCACAGGUCUCUCCCUCUCGACCGAAAGCAUGGGAGACUCGAUGCAAAGCUCGUACGAUGAGCUAGGCACCGGGACCGGAGGCGGGUCAUACUACACGGGUAGCGCCGAGUCAAUACCAAAACAGACGCCUCCACCGCUGACGGUCCAAACGCGUACCAGCAGCGCGCAGGAUGACGAGCUAUCAAGCACAGGCACCCUGCACCAGCUCCACCGCCGGACAAUGUCCUCCAUCUCCGCCGCCUCCCCGCGCGUGCACACACAUACCCGCUCCCUCUCAUCCUCCUUCUCCUCCAUCCCACCAUUACAAAACGCCGACCAAAUACCGCGCGAGUCCCAACCAUCGCUGAACGAACCGCUAGCCACGCAACGGCAUGAUAGAAUAGAACCUGAUAUUCUGUUGGCGUUGAAGGAGUACUGGGAUGAUGAUUCCCUGCAAGGGACGGGAAGCUAUGUGGACAGGUACCUGAGUACUGAGACUUUAGACACAUGACGAACUUGUCUUGAUGCUACUCGACAUUUUUUGUACGGGAAGGCUGACCAUCGUAAUAUAUGUCAUUCUUUGUGGUGGGGAGAAACUCGUCCAUAUCUGUGGUGGAGGACUGUUGGAAUAAUCGAUGUCACAGAACCAUUUAACCCGCAGGUG